AUGAGUAGCUUUGAGAAUAUCAGAGCUGCUUAUGAUGAACAGUUAGAGCGGCAGCGUUCAGAUUAUGAGAAAAUAAUUGCAAAAUAUCAAGAAAUAAUUAACAACCAAAGAAAAAUAAUCGAACAACUCAACAAUGAAGCCAAAACUCAAACUAGAAAUAAUAAUAAAUCAGCAGAACCUCAAAAGCCAGACAAAAUCCAAGAAACUAAGAUCCAACUUCUUCAAUCUCAGAUUGAUUCCCUCGAAAAGCAACUAAAGGAUGAACAAAACGAAAAACAAGAUCUACAAGCUAAGUUAAAACAGCAGGAAGAUACGAUCGAACAACUACAGGCCUCCUUGGAUGAAAAUAAUUUUAAUGGCGCCAAAUUUCAGAAACAACUAUCUUUAUCAUUAAAGAAGCUCAAGGCACUUAAAGCAAAGGUAACGUCUCUAGAAGACUCAUUAAACCAGAAAAAUACUGAAAAUCUUCAAUUAGAUACUUUAAUUUCAGAAUUAAAAUUACAAUCAUCACGAGAUCAAGAAGUUAUUGAACAGCUGAAGAGCAUUAGGACACGCGAUCAUUCCCAAUCAAGUACAUCUCUUUCUGGAUCAAAUGCUCCAGAUAUUAGAGAAACCAUAAAUUCUAUGGAGGAAUUACUCAAAAAUCAGAAUUGUGAGAUAACAGAACUUGUUUCACAGAGGUCACACAUUAUUUCUCAAUUCUAUAAUAUGCAAAGUGUCCUUGAAACUAUGGAUAAAAAUUUGAUUUCCUUACAGAAGCAAAAUUCAUCUCUACAGAAAUCAUUACAAGAAAAAGAUACAGAAUACCAACAGUAUAAAGAAACAGAAUCUCUCAAAUGGAAACAAUCAAUCGAUAAAAUACUCAAAUCUCUUCCAUCUACAAUCAAAAUCAAUAUUGAUUUCGAAUCCGAUACAAAAGAAGCAAUUCUCGACAAGAUUUUUGCAGCAGUCCUUUCAUAUCAAGGAGAUCAGAUGAAAGUUAUAUCUUGUCAGCAAAAUGAAACCGAUAAAAACAAAGAUCUUAUUAGCCGUCACUUCCAACUCAUUUCCCAUCUCAUAUCCCUCAUGAAUUGGCUCAAACAAAUCACAGGAACUUCAUGUUUGAACGACAACGACAAAAAAGCCGUGUUUACACAAUGCGCCAGGAUCCAGUGCUUCCUUGAUCAAGAAGAUCAAUCAUUCCUCCGCGAGAGCUGCCCAGAUUUGUUCUCACAAAGAGAUGAAUUACAACCGGAAGAUGUUGCAAAGAUCUUUUACGAUUUCGUUGGCCAGAAGAACGUAAAUGCAUCUCCAUUCAUUGAACUUCGCAUAUUGUUAUGCGGAAUACUUCAAAUGAACAAACUAUUGAUGAACCAGAACGAGCAGUUGAGGAACUUCAAGCAGCCGAAACAAGACAAAUCAUAUUUCGCAGAAAAACAGAACCAACAGAUCCAAAAGUCAAAAGAAAUCGAAAGACAAAAUAUCCAAAUAGCCCAGAAUUUGAGGAAAUUCACAAGCUCUAACUCUGAGAACAUUGAAGAGUUAUUUGCUGAGUUCAUCAAUCAUAUCAAGAGUGAUGUUGAAACAACACAAACAGAGCAUCAAAAACAACUUAGUGAAAAAGAUGCUCAAAUCAAAAAGCUUCAAAGCGAAAUCCAAGAAAAAGAGAAUCAUUUCGAAGAGCAAAGGAAGAUAUUCACAGAUAGAGCUACUGAUAUAGUCAAUAACAUACAGCAGCAAAUCUCUGACAUCAAACAAGAAACAACUAAAGACAUGAAGAAGUUGAAAGCUGCUCUGAAAGCAAAAGAUAAAGAAUUAGUUGAAGCUAAAAGUGAACUGACCAACUUAAAGGAAACACAAGAACAACAAAGUAUUGUUAUAAAUGAAUCAAGAAGAGAUCUCGAGAAUGAAAGAGAUUUACUUGAAAACGAAUUAAAUGAUACAAGAGAGAAACUCCAAGAAGAACAAAACAAUCACAAUGAAGAAGUUGCUGAAUUAAAGUCAACAAUCGACCAAUUAGAGAAAGCUCUUCAAGUUGUCAGUGAUAAAUGCGAAAAAGAAACAAAGAGGAAGAUGUUUUACAAGCAGAGGAUGAACGAAUUACAAGGAAAAACACAAACAAACAUAGAUGAAAUAAGAGAGAAAAACAAAGAACUCAAUACAAAAUACGUAUCAACAUUGGAAGAAUUGACAAACAAACUCAAUGAAACAAGGAAGGAAAAUGAAAAUCUAAAGAAGACAAAUGAAGAAUAUGCUCCUUAUAAGAAAGAUUUGGAAAUGAAACUUGCAAAGGCAACAGCAAGCGAAAGAACACUCAAGCUCAAACUACAAGCUGCUAAUGAUGCAAUUGCUAAUAUCAAGUCAGAGUUUGAAGAUAGAAAGUCAUUGAUUAUCCAGCAGAACAAUGCAAAAAUUUCUCAAAUAAAUAAUGAAAACGAUCAAAGAUAUGAGAAAUUUACAAAACAAAUAGAAAAGAUCAUUUCAUUACUCGGCAAAGAGAAGCCACAAGUAGACAGUGUUGAUGAAUUGAUUAACUAUAUAAUCAAUGAAAUACAAUCACGUAAUUCCAGUGAAGAAGCAGCAAUUUUGAAUGAUGCAAUUUCACUUAGAAAUCAACUUAACAUCAAAUCUGAUGAAACACUUUUCACAGCAUUCACAGAUAUAUGCCAAGAGCGCGAUAAAGCAUUGCAUGAUCGUGACGAAUGCAUUAAUGAUGCAAGAUUAGCAGAUGAUAGAGCUAAUCAAGCUGAAAGAGAAAAACAAAGAUUUGUUGACUCUAUUCAAGCGAACAAAGAAUGGGAAAAGUGGACAAGAUCACUAUUUGCAUCUGUUAAUGGCAUAGAUCCAACAUCUGUUACAGUAAUAGAUGCUAAGCGUGGAAUAAAAGAAUCAAUUUUAUCUUUGGCCGGAAAUAAUCAAAUAAUGAGGAAGAUGGAAAUUUUAAGGUUCUGUAAGAGUGUAUCAUUGAAGUUCAGAGGAGACUUAAAUAGAAGGACAAUUAGAGAGAAAGUUACUUCGCUUAGACCAAUGAUGAUUUGCGCUGUUUUUGUAAGAAGAUUAAAUUUGUUGGUUCCAACACAAACAACCGAAUUCCAUCCUCCUGUUAGAACUAAGCCUCUCGUUAACACAGUUUAA